ACGCAUCAGCAGAUGACCAAUUAAAUUUUCAUGUAUUCGUUCGUUUUUUUUUUUUUUUUUUUUUUUUUUUUUUUUGCACUUUUUUAUGUCACUCAUGAACCGGAAAUGCCGCCAAGGUUUCUGUUCGAGCACAAACAAUUUCAGCUCAGUCGCAAUGGAUCAGUGGACGGGCGUGCAUCGGGCGUUCAUAAUACGCGCCUAUUAUAGAAAUAAUGAUUCCAUAAGCACAGCGCAGCGCAUGUUUAAGAAACAGUUCAGCAUUUAUCAGAUUCCGCCCACAAAUGUGAUCAAGAGCUGGCUGCGGCACUUCGAGUGCACGGGCUCCUCUCAAGCGGGCGGCUGCACGGCGCGUUCCUCUCUUCCCCAAAUCUUCUGCACCAUUUGCAAUCAGUGCCUGAGCAAUGAGAAGAAUUUCAGCAGCUCCAUCAAAUAGUUUAACUUGAUUUUAAGUAUUCAAUUCUUUUCUAUAGCUUAGUUUACUCUUCUUCUUCUUCCUCAAUGUUUUAUAUAAUAAACAUGCACUUUUGUUCUAUUCUGCUAAUUAACAAGUUUGCUGAACAUUUUAUAUCAACACUUUUGACUGCUGCCAGCCUGCCAGGCUGCUUUGUGUGGUGUGGCAUAUCAAACGCUCGACAUUUUCACCCUCUGACGGAGGUUCUCGCACAUUUGUCUGUCAUGCUUGGCAAAAGAACGUCGCUGCGCUUGGUUUCGUGCGAAAUUGAAAGAGAUCCCAAAUUCUUUUGACUGACAAAUGUCUAAAUUUUGCAGCACUUUUUUAUAUAAAUAUAUACCGAAUAUAUAUAUGUGCUUUAUUUGAUUGUUAAAUAUUUUUGUACUUAUAUAUUAUAUAUUGACCUACAAUAUUAAUAGCACGG